ACGUUGUCACGUAGACAGCGUCUAUAUAAGGGGAUACUUUCUUGUCUGUUCUGUGGUCAGACACUCACUACGAGAACGAACAGUGAGUAACGAUUCCAUCCAGCAAACGAGAAGAAAAGCCACAACGAUUUCUAUAAACAACUAAGAAAUCUGAAAGAUGAUUCUAGAAAUCGCAUUUGUUUUCGUUUGUGUGACAACGAUCGCUUUCUUUGUCCACCGCGCCCAUGCGCAGAAAUCCAAGAAUCUGGCUCCUGGCCCCAGGCCGUAUCCCCUGAUUGGCAACAUGCCCCGUUUAGCAGGAAAACCAGGUCACUUGGCCAUGACUGAGCUAGCUGAGGAGUAUGGUAAGAUCUAUACGCUCUACCUGCCCGGCGGUCAGCGGUGUGUCGUUAUCAACUCAAUAGAUCUGGCCCGUGAAGCGCUGCUCGCUAGGAGAGAUGAAUUUUCAGGGCGACCCGUGACCUUUGUUGGAGACUACUUGUCCCGAGGAGGCAGAAAUAUCAUCUGCGCCGACUUCACGCAAUCAAUGAUCCUUCUGCGAAAGAUUGCUCACUCAGCACUGCGCAUGUACGGAAGUGGCUUGAAGCAUCUCGAGUGUCUUAUAAGCAGUGAGGUUGAUCACAUGGCCAAACGCAUCACUUCCCAACAGGGGAAACCAUUUGAUCCAAAAAAAGAAAUUCAGCUGACCAUUCUCAACGUGAUAUGUGCUGUUGUCUACGGCGAAAGCUACGAUAUUGAAGACGAAGAAUUCCUGCGGAUAAUUCAGUACAAUGAUGACUUUAUCAGACUAUUUGGUAGCUAUAAUAUCUUAGACCUGCUUCCGUGGCUAAGAUUUUUCCCUCUGCAAGACAUGAAAACCCUGCGCGAGUCGCGCCAAAUCAGAGAUGACAUCCUCGGAGCAAAAUAUCAAGAACACAAAAAGAGGUUUGAAGAGGACAGCGCAAACAACAACUUUGAAAUCGAAGAUUUGACUGAUGCUCUACUGAAGGCCUACCACGAGGCGCAAGAAGAAGACGGAAAAGUCGCACAAUUGCUGACUGAAGAUCAUCUCGUUAUGACAAUGAACGAUGUCUUCAAUGCCGGUCUGGAGACAUCGGCUACAACACUACGAUGGCUGCUCGCUUUCUUGGUUACCUACCCAGAAAUCCAAGCCCGCGUGCAUGCGGAGUUAGAUGACGUCAUCGGCAGUGGCCGCAUGCCGUGUUUGAACGACCGUGGGAAUCUUCCAUAUUUGGAAUCCACCAUUGCAGAGGUUCUCCGCAUCAGAGCUAUAGUUCCACUGUCACUGCCUCACAAGGCGACGUGUGAUACGACACUGGGUGGCUACGAUGUACCAAAAGACACAAUGCUUAUAUCAAACAUAUGGGCUAUGCACCACGACAAAAAUGAAUGGCAGAAUCCCGAAGUGUUCGACCCGUCUAGGUUCUUGGACAAAGACGGAAAGCUUCUUGGCUCAGAACGAAAAUUCUCCGCCGCUGGAGUACGCAGCUACUUACCAUUUAGCGCCGGAAGACGCGGUUGCCUUGGUGAAUCACUGGCGAAAACCGAAAUGUUCUUAGUGGCGUCCAGGCUCCUGCAUCAAUUUAAAUUCGAAAAUCCAGCUGGUAGACCUCUUCCAGAUCUGAGCGGCGAGGUUGGCGUGGUCUUAAUGCCCGGCCCCUUUGAAAUAUGUGCCAAGGAUAGACUGUAAACAUCGCAGAAUGAACUCAAUUAGAAUUUAAUUUUCCCUGUUCAAAAAACUCUUUUCAAUUGCUUUGAUUACGGAUAAGAUUAUAGAAAUAAGAACAAUUUUUAAAAGUACUCUGUCAAAUGAAACCAACUAUGAUUAAUUUUAACGGAAACUUCUUUUCUUGAAACACACUACCUGAAAUAUUUAUGAUUCCUUCCUGCGUCGGAUGGAAAAAGAAAAUCUUUUAAUGAGCAAAAGUAGAAUUUUUCAACACGAAUGUAUUCAGCCCUCUAUGAGGCAAAGUAGUACUUCACAUUUAGUGAAUGAUCUGAAUUUUAGAGUUGCGUUUGCUUUUCUGUAUUCUGUAAAUUUUUUUAUCAAUGACUCGCCUUGAUUCAGCUUAAAAAAACAUUUAUUGAUUUUAGAGAUACUGGGGUUCUUGUGACUCUUACUAAAACUUGAAAUUUAUGAAAGAAAAAGUGGAAAAGUGAAAAAAAAAAAUCUCGGUAACAGCAAUUUCCAGAAAUACGCCAAUUCAUAGAAACUCAAUCCAUCUCCUUACUGUACUGUAAAAUUUGACCAACUCCCCCAGUGUUCAUUUAGUCAAGUGCGCAUUGUAUACUCACUAUAUUAUAUCGGCAUUAAGCGGUGUUACCCAGAUCGUAGAAGUGUUAGCUAGCUGUAUUACGUACUCCAAGAAUAUUAAAUACAUUUUUCAAAGGUUCCUAACAAAGUUACUUAACACAUAUGUACUUUUUUGUAUAUUUACGUACCAAACACCUAAUGGCAGUGACAUAUAUAUACAAUUAGUCAUUUUAUUUUGUAUGUUUAAUAAAUGUCUUCUUAAAAGUAAGCAAUUUAGC